UUGAAAAUUGGGUACCUUUAAAAGUUUAACUAUUAAUACUAAAGUAGCGAAAUUUUUUCAAAAAAAAAAUAAGGAAAUUGUGUGUUUUAGAGGCUGUUAGAACGGUGUAAGCAUAGACUUCCACUGACUGAAACUGAAGCAGGUCUUAGCGUCUCAUCUGUGAUUGUGAGGAGUGUGGGUUGGGGCCCUAAAAGACUUGUCUUCUUCCCAGAAAGGCUCGAUCAGAAAAUUACGAAAAUAGAGUUGAGAUUUCAAAGCUCCGGUCUCUUUGUUUGACAGCUCCUUUGUCUUUAUCCAUCCUCUUCAUGUGAUCCUACCCCUCGAACCACGAGACCUUUCCCCUCUCUCCCCUCUUCACAGCUCCCAAUCUGAUGACAAAAGUAAUCAAUUAGACCCCUCCAUGACUCCUCCUUACCCGCCUUCACAGUCGAUCACCCUCACCGUCGUCUUUGUCUUUUUCCGACUGCUCGCCGUUGAUCUGACCACCGCUCAUGAAUGUUUACGAACGUCGACAACUUGUCCGCCUUUCUCCUCUCCACCCUCGUUCCCUUUCUCUUCAUCUCCCGGUUGUGGCCAUCCCUCGUUCCAGAUCAAAUGCUCCCCUAAUGGCUCGCUUAUUUCCAUUAAUGACUUCACUUUCCAUAUCUUUCAUCUCGACCACAACUCCAGAACUCUCACCCUCUAUCCCGAGACCCCCUCCGUUCAUAACCUAACCCACGGUUCCUGCCCUUCCACUUCCCUUUCUGACCCUCCAAUCAAUCUCACGGGUUCUCCAUUCCGAUUCUCCGGCGCUUUGUGUUCUCGGUUUUCUGAUCUGCCGCAGUGCGACAACUCCAAUCUCCAAAAUUGCAUUAGUUGUUCCUGGGAUUGCAAGCUACUCGGGAGACCAUUUCAACUUUUAAAACACUGCUGCGUGAAGUCCAGUGACUCUAAACAGGGAUGCAAUACCCGUGGUGAUUUAUGUAAAUUCCUUCUACAAAAUCAAAUCCAGAUCCAGUGGGAUGAAAGAAACGACACGUAUUUCUCUAAGUGCAAGGAUUGCCGGUCCAAGAAGAAUGGCGUAUGUGGGUUUAACCUUUCUGACGCUCUAAAGCCAUUCCUCUGUUUAAUCCCCAAUUCACCCACACCACUGUCGCCGCCAUGGAUUCUUCGAGAUAACCCCAACCGGAUCGUUCUACUGUGUGCUCUUUUCAUCUUUACGUGCCUGUUGCUUGUUGUCGCAGUUGCAUUAUUGAUCCUUCGCUAUAGGGUAUUGAAAUCAUCGAAAAAUGAACAAGACUCAACUACUCUGUUUCUCCACCGACACGGAUCAGCAAAUCUCCUCCCACCGAUGUUCAGUUACGAAGAACUCGAAUCCUCCACGAAUCGGUUCCACCCAAGAAACAAGAUUGGUAAUGGUGGAUUUGGAUCCGUAUAUCUCGGCCAGCUCUAUGACGGGCUGGUUGUAGCCGUAAAGAAGCUGCACGGGCAACACGCUGCAACCACCGCAGCGGGCCGAGCCGCUUUAACGAAGUCCUUCUGUAAUGAGAUUCUAAUACUGUCUUCGAUCAAUCACCCAAACCUCGUGAAACUUCACGGGUACUGCAGCGAUCCGAGAGGGCUACUACUCGUCUACGACUACGUGCCUAACGGAACCCUCGCCGACCAUCUCCAUGGCUCGAAGAGCUUGUAUAGAAAAGCGUCGUUAACAUGGCAGGUGAGAGUCGAUAUAGCAUUGCAGACGGCAUUGGCGCUCGAAUACCUUCACUUCACGGUCCAACCGGCUAUCGUCCACAGGGACAUAACUUCGUCGAACAUCUUCGUCGACAAAGAAAUGAGAGUCAAGGUGGGGGAUUUCGGGCUCUCGAGGCUUCUUGUCUUCCCUGAAUCGUCGUCGUCUGAAUAUGUGUGGACGGGACCCCAGGGUACGCCGGGGUACUUGGAUCCAGACUACCACAAGUCUUUCCAGCUAACAGAGAAGAGCGAUGUCUAUAGUUUCGGAGUAGUUUUGUUCGAGUUGAUAUCCGGGAUGAAGGCGGUGGAUCACAGCAGGGAUAAGAGGGAGGUGGCGCUGGCGGAUAUGGUGGUGUCGAAGAUUCAAGUGGGUGCGCUACAUCUGGUGGUGGACCCGGUUUUGAUACUGGAAGGGGAAACGAUGAGCACCGUGAGUGCAGUGGCGGAGCUGGCGUUCCAAUGUGUUGCCGCCGAUAAGGACGACCGACCGGACGCCAAGGAGUUGGUGGCCGAGUUAAACCGUAUUCGCAACCGUACACGUGGACAUAGUGUUCCGAGUACCGUCGAUCUGGAUGCUUCCAAGGCCUGAUCCGAACAGUUGGAUUGGUCCCCGCAUCCAGGAUGGAGGGUUGGAGGUUGGUUGACCGUAGUUUUGGCUGUGUAGUAUAAAAUAUAAACACGAUAUUUUACUUUUUCUUUUUCAAGUAAACAAAUGCAGUAAUAAUGGCAAUUAAUAAUACACGUAAGGCCUUCCGUGGUCUAACUGUCAAA